GGUGCCAUCGCUGCCCGCAGCCCCGGCCGCCGCUCCGUGCCGGUGCCGGUGCCGGUGCCGGCCAUGAGCAAGCGCAAAGCUCCCCAGGAGAGCCUCAAUGAAGGCAUCACCGACUUCCUCAUCGAGCUCGCCAACUACGAGCGCAACGUGAACCGGGCCAUCCACAAGUACAACGCGUACAGGAAAGCGGCCUCGGUCAUAUCUCGGUAUCCCAGCAAGAUACAGAGUGGGGCUGAAGCCAAGAAGCUGGAUGGAGUGGGUGCUAAAAUAGCUGAAAAGAUAGAUGAGUUCUUAUCCACUGGAAAGCUUCGUAAAUUGGAAAAGAUUCGGCAGGAUGAUACAAGCUCUUCUAUCAAUUUCCUGACACGAGUCACUGGCAUUGGUCCUGCUGCUGCCAGGAAGUUUGUUGAGGAAGGAAUUAAGACUUUAGAAGAUCUAAGAAAAAUUGAGCACAAGCUGACCCAUCACCAGCGAAUUGGGUUGAAAUACUUUGAAGAUUUUGAGAAGAGAAUCCCGAGGGAAGAAAUGCUGCAAAUGCAGGAAAUUGUGCUCAAAGAGAUAGAGAAACUGGACCCAAGCUACAUUGCUACAGUGUGUGGCAGUUUUAGGCGAGGUGCAGAGUCAAGUGGUGACAUGGAUGUUCUCCUGACCCAUCCCAGUUUCACAUCAGAAUCAACCAAACAGUCAAAACUUUUGCAUAAAGUUGUAGAACAGCUGGAAAAAGUCCACUUUAUCACAGAUAUGCUGUCUAAAGGGGACACCAAAUUCAUGGGUGUCUGCCAGCUGCCAGAUAAAGAGGAUGGAACAGCUUAUCCACACCGCAGGAUUGAUAUCAGGCUUAUCCCAAAAGAUCAGUAUUACUGUGGUGUGCUGUAUUUCACAGGUAGCGAUAUAUUCAAUAAAAACAUGAGAGCUCAUGCUCUGGAGAUGGGUUUCACCAUCAAUGAGUACACAAUACGCCGCCUGGGUGUUACUGGAGUUGCUGGAGAGGCCCUGCCAGUGGAAUGUGAAAAAGACAUUUUUGAUUAUAUCCAGUGGAAAUACCGAGAGCCAAAGGACCGGAGUGAAUAACAAACUGCUUGUCUGGGUUUAGAGCUUACAGAGAUAUUUUCAUAGCUUUUACAAAGAUGUGGAAGUGCAUAGUCUUACCUUGAAUGUUACUUGAAAAACUGUAUAUUACUGAUGUCUAAAGCACAUCCAUGGCACUUGAACAGAACAGAAUGUGUCGUGAAGAAAAAUCCCGUGAGAUUUCAUUUUUAUGUAGUCACAGAAUAAUUUGGGUUGGUAGGGACCCCUAAAUGCCAUUUUGUCCAGUCCCCCUGCCAUGAGCAGGGAUAUCUUUGACUGGAGAACAUUGCUUAGAGCCCCAUCUUUGACUAGAGAAGAUUGCUUAGAGUCCAAUCUGCCCUUGAAUGUUUCCAGGGAUGGGGCCCCCAGCAUCUCUCUUUGUAUCUCAUAUUUAUGUAGAUACCAGAAUGAAAAAAUGCUGAGUAUCAUGAAGCACUCCUGAAAAGUACCAUUUUUAACUAUUCUCUAUCUCCUCACACCUGUGUUAGGUGUCUUGGUGCAGUGCUGAAGCUCAUGAUGAGUUUAUCCUUCUAAAAUCUUUCAAUAUGGGCUCCAUGCUAUGGUGGCCAUUCUCCUGUUACAUGUGAAUUGUGAAUUUUGUUCCUAGACAUGUUGUAAUAUUGAUUGCAGUGCUCUUUGUUUUAUUUGGCUUGGUCUGAUUAAUUUAUGCAUUGCUACCACUCCUGCAGAUUCAAUCUGCCCUUUUUUUAGAUGCAAACCUGUCAAAUCUUAUUUUACACCUCCUCUUUACAUGUUGGGAAGGGUAAUGAGUAUUUUGGAUGUGAGACGAGGUCUUUUCAAUAAUGCAUUACUGGUUGUGUUUGGGACAGGGAUUCUGUUAUUUAACUUAAAAAAAUUCUAAUUAGUAACUACUUCCAUGA